AUGUCGACCUCAUCCUACGCCGAGCUCAACCCAUACGAGGAGGCACGGCUGUACUCCAACAACCAUGAUCGAGAGCGCUACGAAAACAUGGCAACACUUUUCAGUCUCAUUGUUGCGCUCGACUAUCUGGAACGUGCCUACGUUCGCGAAUCAAUCAGUGAAAAGGAGUACGCGCCCACAUGCACUCGUCUACUCGCCCAAUGCAAGACCAUGCUCAAACUCAUCGUCGACCAGGAAAAGCACUCGUCCAAACCCAUCACUGACCUCGCCGACUUUAUGCGCAUCUACAAGAUGAAUUACCUCGCAGCCGUUCACCGCCUCACCGUCGGCGUGCCCGCAACAGUAGAGCACGCUUCCUCCUCGUCAUUGCAGUCCUCCUCCGAUAGGGCCAAGUGGGUCGCAGAGACCACGCAGAACUUUAUCACCUUUAUGGACGCGCUCAAGCUCAAGCUGCGUGCCAAGGAUCAGUUGCAUCCCAUGCUGAGCGAGCUCAUGCGCGGUUACAGUCGCAGUGACGAGGUCGGAAAGGAUCAGGACGCAAGCGAUACCAGAGCAAAGCUCUUGAAAUGGCUCAUCACACUCAACCACAUGAAGGCGAGCGACGAAAUCGAUGAGGAUCAAGCGCGUCAGAUGCUGUUUGACGUCGAAGGAGCCUACAACAGCUUUUUCCGCGCGUUGCAAGACUAG